CGAACCGUCGAUCAGGUCGGUCACUGGAAGCGUUUCCUAUGACGGCGUUAGCGCUUUGCCAACGAUGACAAUGUCUGCUGAAACUGCGAAGCCGGAUGGCUCGGGCGAGCACAGCCAACCCGGAGCGCAGGAAGAUGGCGAUGCAGGCAGCAGUAAUGUAGCUGGUGCUAUGGCAACGGCCAGCGUACGGGCGGAACGAUGGUACGAGAAAAUUUCCGUCGAACCGUCGAUGUUCCUAUACAUGAUGGCGUUUAUGCUAACGUCGGUGGUGGAGCAGGCGUUCUUCCUGUACAAAGCGUGCACCGUCGAUCAUGGCUAUUCGCACGAGAUUUGCCUCAACAUCGAGCAGUACCAGGAUAUCAAAAAGCAGGUCCAGGUGACGACCUCAACUUUUCAUCAGUGGAACAACAUCGCCAUGUACGUGGUGCCGAUCGUGCUGGCCCUGUUUCUCGGCGCCUGGUCCGAUAGGCGUGGCCGCAAGCUGCCACUCAUCCUCGGACUGGUGGGCAAGUUUGUCUACUCGGUCAUGAUCGUGGUGAACACGCGCAUGCCCUCGUGGCCGGUCGAGUAUAUCAUCUACACGGCCACGAUCCCGAGCGUACUGACCGGGGCCGACAUUGCCAUCUUUGCCUCCUGCUUUGCGUACAUCUCCGACAUCACGACGGUGGAGGAGCGCACGCUGCGCAUUACGAUACUGGACGCCACCUACCUCAGCACCAUGCCGAUCGGUGUCGCGCUCGGCAAUGUGAUCUUCAACCAUACGGGCAAAUCGUACACGAUCAUGUUUAUCAUCAACGCGUCCCUGCUCGCCUGCUCGAUCGUGUACUCGAUGCUGCGGCUGAAAUCGCGCACCACCGAACGCCAGUGCUCGAUCCGCGAGCUGCCGUGGUACCGCAUGCCGCUGGACUUUUUCGACCGCCAGCACGUGGUGCGCUCGGUGCGCACGUUCGUACGCCGGCGGACGAUGCACCGGCGCACCUACAUGUACCUGCUGAUGGUGGCCAUGUCGUUCUACACGUUCCAGCGCGACGAGAAGCCCAAGAUGUACCUGUACACGCAGCUGCGCUUCAACUGGGACACGGAUCUGUACAGCUACUUCAAGACGUACCAGUCGGCGGCGUACGUGGUGAUGAUGUUUCUCGGCGUGCCGCUCUUCACGAAGGUGCUGGGGCUGAAGGACACGCUGAUCAUAAUGAUUGGCGCGCUGGCGCACGCCAGCGCCCGGUUCGUGUACAUCUUUGCCCAGGUCGGAUGGGUGCUGUACAUCGGGGCUACCAUCUCGAGCGUGGGCCCGGUGGUGGCGCCCGUACUCCGGUCCAUGAUUUCCAAAAUGGUGCCCACCAACGAGCGCGGCAUCAUCUUUUCGUUCCUUUCCGUGUUUGACAAUGCGGUGCCGCUGUUUAGCGGCGUACUGUACACGCAGGUGUACAACUCGUCGAUCAACACGUACCCGCAGGCCAUCUUUCUGCUUACCAUGGGCACGCAGAUGAUCGUGUUCUUCAUUGCACUCGCAAUACACAUUUCACUCCGAGGUCGAAGGAUGGAAGAAUGCACCCCGGCAGAAAAGCCACCGGGAAGCGGGCUGAUCGACGAAGCGAAGGGUCCAGCGAUCGAUGACGAUGCGCCGGCCGUUUCUCAAUCAUAGUGGGGCAGGCAACAGUGUACCGCCACCGCCACCUUCCGUUUAGUGCGAUCCGACUGAUAAUCCGCUCGCGAGACGAUCGCGAUGUGAGUGAUAAUGCAAGGCAGUUUGGUGGUCAAGUGCUUCAAGUGGUGUGUUAUUAGCAUUACUUUCUACCGAUUCGUUCGAAACCAUCCAUUAGUGUUAGAGUUUAAAAGAUUUGUUUCCUUUUUGCAAAUAGAUCCGUUUGGUAACA